GGAGAGACGCGGAAGAUGUGGUGGUGCCGACGUCGGGGGGCAGGUACGACGUGCACCUGAAGAAGCGGCAGCGCGUGGCCGUGUACUGGGAGGAGGAGGUGUCCGAGGUGCGGCGCUGCACCUGGUUUUACAAGGGGGACAAGGACAACAAGUACAUCCCCUACUCAGAGAGCUUCAGCGAGGAGCUGGAGGAAGCUUACAUGGUGGCUGUGACCCUGGACGAGUGGAAGAAGAAACUGGAGUCCCCGAGCAGGGAGGUCAUCAUCCUGCACAACCCAAAGCUCAUGGUUCACUACCACCCGGUUGCCUCCUCCGACGACUGGGGCUCCACUCCUACGGAGCAAGGGCGGCCCCGGACUGUGAAGAGAGGAGUGGAAAACAUCUCUGCCGAGAUCCCCAACGGAGAGCCCCUGCAGAUCGACCACUUGGUGUUCGUGGUGCACGGCAUCGGCCCAGCGUGCGACAUCCGGUUCCGGAGCAUCGUGCAGUGCGUGAACGACUUCAGGAGCGUGUCCCUCAGCAUGCUGCAGGCGCACUUCAGGAAGGCCCAGGAGCAGCAGCAGAUCGGCCGCGUCGAGUUCCUGCCCGUGAACUGGCACAGCGCGCUGCACUCCACCGGCGUGGACGUCGACCUGGAGCGGAUCACUUUGCCCAGCAUCAACCGCCUGCGUCACUUCAUCAACGACACCAUCCUGGACGUCUUCUUUUACAACAGCUCCACCUAUUGCCAGACCAUCGUGGACACGGUGGCCUCCGAAAUGAACCGCCUGUACCAGCUCUUCCUGCGGAGGAACCCGCUCUUCAAAGGGGGGGUCUCCAUUGCGGGGCACAGCCUGGGAUCGCUCAUUUUGUUUGACCUCCUGACCAACCAGAAAGCGGAUCCCGAGGAGGGCGAGCACAGCGGUGAGGCGGCCAGGGCAACCACAGGCAGCAGGGGCAUCGAAGGAGUGAAAGAAAUCCUGAAGGAGCUGGAGCUGUGCGAAUACUGCGACGUGUUUGAGAAGGAGAAGAUGGACAGGCAGGCCCUGUUCCUGUGCACAGAGGAAAACCUCAAAGAGAUGGGCAUUCCCUUAGGACCAAGAAUGAAGAUUCUUCACUACAUCAGCUCCAAGGGGGAGACGCAG